AUGGGGUCCAUGCCCGUGCAGCGGGCCAGUCUUGAUGUUGAAGAUGUUCUUUCACAACUGAAUAUUGCCGAGAAAGUCGCAUUGUUGUCAGGCAUCGACUUUUGGCACACUGCUCCUGUCCAUAGGCUUGGUGUUCCAUCCAUUCGGUUGUCUGAUGGCCCCAAUGGUGUCCGUGGAACUCGCUUCUUCAACGGAGUCCCUGCUGCCUGUCUCCCUUGUGGAACGGGGCUGGCAGCAACGUGGGAUACCAGCCUGGUCAAGAAAGGCGGUGCUUUGCAGGGCGCAGAAGCUAUUGCCAAAGGUGCUUCGGUCAUUCUAGGUCCUACUACGAACAUGCAGAGAUCCCCACUGGGCGGCCGUGGCUUCGAGAGCUUCAGUGAGGACCCCUAUCUCGCCGGAGCCAUGAGUGCAGCCACCAUCAAUGGCAUCCAAUCGACUGGUGUGGCCGCUACCAUCAAGCACUAUGUCUGCAAUGACCAGGAGGACCAGAGACAGUCGGUCGACAGUAUCUUGACUGAACGCGCAUUACGCGAAAUCUACCUUAUGCCUUUCAUGAUUGCCCAGCGAGAUUCCAAGCCGUGGUGCUACAUGACAGCGUACAACAGAGUCAACGGGAUCCAUGCCAGCGAGCACCCUAGGCUUAUCGAAGAUGUUCUUCGUGGCGAAUGGGGCUUUGAUGGUCUGGUGAUGAGCGAUUGGUUCGGAACUUACUCGACCUCCGAGGCUAUCAAAGCAGGUCUGGACUUGGAAAUGCCCGGUCCUACGUACGUCCGCGGAAAACUUGUCAACCAAGCCCUGGGAUGUGGCAAGCUCGGCGUGCACGACGUGGACCAGAGAGUCCGGGAAGUCCUCAAGCUUGUCAAGAGAGUCGAACCUCUGGGCAUCCCAGAAAAUGCGCCUGAAACCACCGUCGACACCCCAGAGACUUCAGCCCUGCUCCGAGCCUUGUCAUCCAGCGGCAUUGUUUUGAUGAAGAACGAGAACAACAUCCUGCCGUUCAGCAAGGAGAAAUCCACCGCUGUUAUUGGGCCCAACGCCGCAUACGCUGCGUACUGCGGUGGUGGCUCUGCCUCGCUCCUACCAUACUAUGCCAUAAGCCCUCUUGAGGGUAUCCGAGCCCAGGUUCCACACGCCAAGUACGAGCUUGGUGCUCCUGGCUGGAAAGAUCUCCCACUCAUGAGCCGCUUGACGAAAACAUCUGGCAACAAAGACGGGCUGACCAUGAAGGUCUUCCUGGAUCCCCCUUCAGUGAGGGAUCGAAAACCCAUCGAUGAGGUGUACGUGUCCUACUCUGAUAUUCUGCUCGUUGAUUAUAAACAUCCUCUCGUCAAAACCUAUCUCUACUGGCUUGAGCUCGACGGCACUUUUACUCCUGAAGAGUCGACCGAGUACGAUUUUAGUCUCUGCUGUGCAGGAACCGGCAAGAUCUUCGUCAACGGAGAUUGUGUGGUGGAUAACGAGACACAUCAACGACCGGGUCCCUCGUUCUUCGGCGCAGGGACGGCGGAGGAAAUUGGAACUCUCAGAUUGGAGAGAGGCGUCACAUACGACAUCAAGAUCACCUUUGGCACUUUCCCGACUAUGAAGUUCACGAGCCCUGGCACCACCGGCUUCGGUUCGGGUGGGCUCAGAAUCGGACUCGAGCGCAAAGCGUCGAUUGACACGGAAAUCGUGCGAGCUGUCAAGCUUGCUAAAGAGGUCGGCCAAGUCGUCAUCUGUGCUGGGCUUAACAAGGACUGGGAAUCAGAAGGUUACGACCGUGACCAUAUGGACCUUCCGCCAGGAAGUGACGCCUUGAUCAAAGCCGUUCUCGCGGCCAACCCGAACACCGCCAUUGUCAUCCAAUCUGGAACCCCCGUCACCAUGCCCUGGGCGAAAGAAGCACCGGCCCUACUACAAGCAUGGUACGGUGGUAAUGAAACCGGCAAUGCCAUUGCAGAUGUUGUCUUCGGCGAGACGAACCCCAGUGGCAAGUUGCCCUUGAGCUUUCCGGUCAGAAACGAGGAUAAUCCAGCGUUCUUGAACUACAAGUCGGAGCGAAACCGGGCCCUGUACGGAGAAGACGUAUAUAUUGGGUAUCGAUUUUACGAAAAGACCAGGAAAGAGGUUGCCUUCCCUUUCGGCCAUGGACUGAGUUACACUUCUUUCGAUAUCAAACUUCUCUCUGUCAAUGACGACGGAGUCGACAUUGUGGUAUCCGCGUCGGUAUCGAAUACCGGCGAGGUUGACGGUGCUCAAGUUGUCCAGGUGUACAUCUCACAGCACCACCCUAGCAUUAACCGGCCCAAGAAGGAGUUGAAGGGCUUUUCCAAAGUGUUUGUCAAAGCAGGAGGCACCGAGAUUGUCGAUACUGUCAUCUCCAAAAAGUACGCCGCAAGUUUCUGGGAUGAAGCACGGGAUGCGUGGGUGAUGGAGAAGGACGUUUACGACGUUCUUGUCGGUGAUUCUAGCGCUUCGACGCCUUUGAAAGGCAAUUUCCAGGUGCACGAAACUUCAUGGUGGAACGGAGUAUAA